CACCUCACAGAAACACUAAAUCUAUAGGUUGUUUGUUUAUUUGUCAAGCUGAGCCAGCCACCUCACAGAUUGACAGGGAGCAGUUUUGACAACCAACCACAAAUCAAAGGUGUUGAGGGCAAAACGACGUCAAAAUGGAGAAGAAGACUGUCAAUUAUCCUCUCAAGUCUGCGGCAGAUCAUGAUGAGGAUGAUGAUGAUCUUGUUGAUCAUCCUAAGGUUCCUGGAUGGUUUUCUGAGCAUUGUCCCAUAUGGCCAGGGCAAGCACACUUUCUGAAGGUAGAAAAAAUCUUAUUUCAAGGAAGGUCUGAGUACCAAAGUAUGAUGGUAUUUCAGUCAUCGGCAUAUGGCAAGGUUUUUGUUCUAGAUGGAGCACUCCAACUGACUGAGAAAGAUGAGUGUGCUUACCAAGAAAUGAUCACCCAUCUUCCUCUUUGCUCCAUUCAAAAUCCAAACAAGGUAUUACUCAUUGGGGGUGGAGAUGGCGGUAUCUUAAGGGAAAUUUCUCGACACUCUUCUGUUCAACAAAUCGAUAUUUGCGAAAUAGACACUAUGUUGAUUGAUGUCUACAAGAAAUAUUUUCCUGGUAUUGCUAUUGGAUAUGAGGACCCUCGUGUGACCCUUCACGUUAAAGAUGGGAAUGCAUUUAUCAAGUCUGUACCAGAAGGAACAUAUGAUGCGAUAAUCGUGGAUGCAUUUGAUCCAAUAAGGCCCGAUCAUGAGCUUCAUGAAGGUCCUUUCUUUGAGUUGGUGGCGAAAGCUCUCCGACCGGGCGGAGUGAUGUGCAUCCAAGCAGAGAGCAUAUGGUUUCCUUCCUUAGACGUUGAACAUCUGACGGCAAAGUGUCGCCAGAAAUUCAAAGGCUCUGUUGAUUAUGCAUGGACCAUUGUUCCUGCAUAUCCAAGUGGGGUGAUUGGCUUCUUGCUUUGCUCCACAGAGGGACAAUUCGUUGACUUCAGAAAUCCGGUCAACCCAUUAGACCCCAACAACAAUAGUUAUGGGGUAGCAAAAGAACCCUUGAAAUUUUACAACCCAGAGGUGCACUUUGCUGCAUUUUGUUUGCCAUCGUUUGCAAAGAAGGGGAUGAAUAAUAAUAAAAAUAAUAAUGGGUGUAAAGUGAGCAGCAAUGGAGUUGGUACGAUUUCAGCUGAUGAUGAGGGCACAAAACAACAAGUGAAUAUUCAAGAAGAAGACGAUAUUAUCGAUCACUAGAAUUAUUUUUUUAUUCCACCAUCCAUUUGCAAUUCCAUGCCCCCCAACAACAAAAUCUCUCCCAACUCAAACACAUAUCAUGAUUGUGUAAUUUGAUUGUAAUUCCAAACUUUAUGCAUGAUUUGCUUUUGUGGGGUUCAUUUGUCUGCUCGAUUCAUUCAUUGUUUGCUCUACAUUUCUAAAUGCCAAAUUAUAUAUUCAAUUUCUCAAUUUCUUUCUUCAUGUAAUUUGGCCACAUAU